GGAGGAGAGAGAGACAAGUAGAGGCAGACUCAUUCUGCUACCAGUGCGCUCUGCACUCCUCUCUAUGUCAGUACCUCUCCGUGACGCUCCCAUACACUAACACACACACACUUUGUUACUGCACGCUACACACUUAUCCUGAGGACACACACACACAGACAAAAAAGACUGCAGUUGUUGAGCGGGAGCGGCAUGGAAUGGAAACUCAGAAGGAUGGACAGUGACCUGAGUCAGAUCAACCCAGACCUGCUGCAGCCCAGCAAGAGCAUCAAGAAGCCCUCCUCAGGCACCAUCACUCUCAACGUGGGGGGCUUUCUCUAUGCCGCGCACCGCACCACCCUCAGCCGCCACCAGGGGUCAGUGUUGGAGGAGCUGGCCAGCGGCAGGAAGCCCAUCCAGCACACUGACUCCAUGGGCAACCCCUUCAUCGACCGCGACGGCCCAGUGUUCAGACACAUCCUCAACUUCCUGCGGACCGGAGACCUGCAGCUGCCCGACGACUUCCGAGAGGUGGGCCUUCUGAGAGGAGAAGCAGAGUUCUACCGCCUCAGCGGAUUGGUGGAGGCCAUUUCAGAGUGGGAGGGGAUGCGGGCGGCGCAACGGGAGCCCGCCUUCCUGGAGGUGACUGACGAGAGGUCGCAGGGCUUCAAGGUGUACUGCAGCGACCCCUCCUUCAUCGACAAGAUCAAAGGGCGCCUGGUUCAGAUCUCAAAGAGCCGGCUGGACGGCUUCCCAGAGGAGUUUGAGGUGUCGUCCAACGUGAUCCAGUUCCGCCACUUCAUCAAGUCGGACCCUGGCUCCAGGCUGGUGCUGAAGCAGGACAGUACCUUCCUGUGUACCCUGGAGUGUCUGAAGCUAGAGACGGUGAUGCUGGCCCUGAAGGCUGGCUUCUCUCUAAUCAGCUCUCUGGACAGCAGCAAGGGAUCUGUGGUGGCCGCAGAGGCUCUGCACUUUGUCAAGUAAGAGAGGAUGGAGAGGCAGGGAAGAGGGAAAGAUGGGGGAGAGGGAUCAGGAAGGGAAUGAACAGGGAGGUGGAUAGAGAGGGGAAGACUGGGAGAGAGGGGGCAUGUACAGUAGGUAGUGAGGGAAACAAGAGGGAGACGAAGGGAUGAGGGAAGGAGAAAGGUGUCUGAUUCCAGAUUGACCCCUAGCCCCUAGAUUGAAACUGAUGCAGGACAGUCAUUUCUCUGCACUUUGUCUGGAGUCCAACCUCAGAGAGAGUCGAGAGAGAGCAUCCACCUCCUUGACCACCCUCACUGCUGCAGGACAGAACACAACCUCUCAGAGGACCAGCCUCCUACUGAAUUACGCAUACAUAAGCUGAAUUUUCCAUUCAGGCUGCUUUCCCCUUCAAACCAGCCUUAGUGUGCACCGUGAGGUAUUACAGUGUGUGUUUUUGGUUGCUGUGUUUUGAGUUGAGUUGUGUGACCAAGCCUUUCUCUGGAUUCUGAGGGGAGAGGUACAGUUGAACACUGUACUGACUGACUGACUGUUGCUGAUCAUUGGACAAAAAAACUAUUAUUUUAUUGCAGCAACUUGCCUGACUAGAUGAAAGGGAGGUCAGUGUGAAUGCCCUGCAGCAGACAAGCACAGAGAGUUUAGACCCAAAGGUUCAAAUCUAGCAUGAUGCAUGUGCAGUGAAGAUUUUCAAAUCAGACACCAACAUUGUGAUUGUAAGUGCUGUGAGUGAGUAAGUGACAAUGUGUGUUCUUUUGGAUAUGUGAAUGUUUUGUUUCACACAAAAUAAAAGUCAUUAAUAUCGGCAUGAUUAUAUUUUCUAAUAUUUUCCACAAGUCAUGCUGGCAUUUGUGUCUACUCUAUUAUAUACAGUACAAGGGGACUUGUAUAUCAUAAUAAAUUGCAUCAACAUAAUGACAGUUCAUUAAGGCAGAUAGAGCUGACCAUAGUGCUUUAAUAGAAUAGACUGGGAACUAAUGUAUCAGACGUAGAACUAUAAUAGAGUUAGCAACUUCAACUCUCCUUAUUAACUAGAAAGUCAGCUUAGUGUACUGGAACAUGCAUCAGUGCCCAACAUCACAGAGCAGUAACCUCAAACCAAACCCUCAACAGACAUGCAGUGUUUUGACGUACAUAUGUAGGAUCUUAAUUUGAUCACCGUUGCAGAACUUUCCUUCAAUUCAGGAAAGGUAAAACAUGCAGUGUAUUUGAGGCUUAAAAAAGGCUUCUGACGUUUAUAAUUUCCACUUUGAAAUUUCAGACUUGAUUUAUCCUUAAGAAAAAUGUAUCAACCCCUACUAAAAUGUAAAUUAUUUAUAAUCCAUAUAAUAAUUCACAUUUCCUGUUUCUGAAGGAUUAUUAUCCUGCUGUAGCAAACUGGCUCAAAUUAAGAUCCUACAUCUUUAAUGUAAUAACCUACCUGAAAGGAUCAUAAUCAAAUCUGAAUUCCUAUAUUAAAUCUCUUUUCCCAUUU